AAUUUGUUCUUGCUAUGAGGCUCUGGAGUGCAUAAAUUCUGAUCGUUUCCCACUUCAUUGAGAUACUUUUUCUUGCCAUCCAUACUUGAUUCACAACCAGUCUUGAAGAAUACACAAACGCUUCGACUAUUAAAGUCCUGUCUUUAUUCACGUGCUUGAACCCAUAAGCUCUGUUAAGCCUUCCACCCAGUACAAUGGCUCACUCCGAUACUUGGUCUAUCAUAACCAACCAUCCAUCUGUCAAAAGCUCUCAUUCCAAGACCUCUAAGGAGAAAGUGAAAUCGCAAUCGAGAACGAAAUCCAGUUCGCCUGACCACGAAACACAAGACACUCCCCCCUCGCAAACCAUUGAUGAAGGAUAUUACUCGUCUGAAAGAGCGUCAAGAUACGCCGCAGACCCUAUAAAUCCUAACCCGGGAUACGAACAUUGGUCAGCAAAGAAAAGUAUGGAUGCCCAUAAAGCCGACAUGAGACAGUAUCUCGAACGCUACGAUGAUACCUGGAGCCACGUCUCUCAAUAAAUCCGGCAUGGCACUAAAAUGCAGGCGCGGGAAAGAGGCGUAGAAAGUUGGGAUGAAUGUAUGUUAUGACCCCUGGAAAGUUAACGGCGCUGAUGGAUUUAGAAGAAGGGCCGAAUUAGCAGCCUAUCGGAAACUG